AUGUUAUCUUCAAAAACACUGCCGGAACAAAAUUUUGGAGAAUUAGCUGAAUCAGAGAAUUCUAGAGAAGGCUCACCAAAAACUGUCAAAUCCUCAAGUGUACUAUCCUUUGAAGAAUUAUAAAGCUUUAUCAUGGAUGAGGUCUAAAUAAGCUAUGAAGUAAUAGAAAAUUAUGGUACUUCGAAAAAUCAAUAUAAUUUAUUAAAAAUAAUAAAUGAAUCUGAUGGUUAAAAUCAAAAUAAUUUUUAUUGUAUCAUAGUCAACUUUAAUGAUGAAUUGCUAAAAUAAAAAAUAAAAAUAGAAAUCUCAAGGGUUUUAUAUAUCUAAUAUUAUUAGUAUUCAUUUGAAACUAAGUAUUUUGAUUUUACAGAUUGGAAAGAUCAAAAAGAUUCUUUAGUUUUUAGUAAUUCAACAAGUACUACAGAGCCCUAAUCCUUUAGAGAUUACGUUUCAAUAAACUCUUAAUUUUGUAGGGUUAUAGUAUUUUCUCAAGAAUUUGAUUUACAAUUAAUUGACUUAAUUCACAACUAUCCAUACCUAUACUAUUGCACUGAUACCAAAUUAGUAAAGGAGGAAUAUUUGGAGGGCUUAAAACUGCAUUAAUAGUUUUAAUUGAUCGAAAUGAAUUACAAAAUGAUCAAACAUUUAAUUUCGACAUCGUUAUCGAGAUUAAAAGAUAUCAAAUUUGCAGGGAUUUAAAUCAAAGGAUGUAUAGAUUAUGUGGACAAUAUUAAUCAGAUUAAGAUUCAUCCUUAGAUUGAGUAUUAGAAAAUAGGAAAAAAGAAGAUUUUAUUUAAUUAUAAUAUCCCUUUUAUCACAGUAAACUCAUAUUUUUACUUACCACUACCUUUAAGGGUAAAGAAUUUAGAAAUCACUGAUUAUCUCACUUAACAAUUUCAGACAAAAGCUGUUCGCACUUCUAUAAGUACUACUCAUAUUGAAGAGUAUGAAAAGAUUUACAUUUUAUUAAAUUCUAUUUAAGAUCAAAUCAAAAAGGAUGAACUUUUUUUUUCUAUCAAUUCAAAUAAAGAAUUUAAUUCUCUUGAAUCUUUGCUCACAUUAAAUUAAGUUAAUUAAAUUUAAGACUUGAAAAAUGAAUUGAUAGAUGAAGAUCAAUAUUUGAAUUUAAUAGAAAAAAUCCUCAUAUAUUUUUCAUAGUGUUCUAAAACAUAAAUAGAAAAAUUUAUUUUGUUUGUUUAAUUAAAGCACUAUAUCCUUUAUAGAUUGCAUAACUCUUAUCUGAAUUAUUGA